CGCCGCCACUGCCGCAGCUGCAGUCAAUGUGCCGUACGCUCAUCCCGUGCUGGGGGGCUGCGUCAGUCGACUUCGGCACUGUUGCGGCAGUCCAAUUUCGGCCACCUCCGCGCACCCUACGUUCACACUGUGCACACACCGAACAACGCGAUCACGUUUCGACGGCGGCGAAAGUAAUCUGCCUAACAAAUUGAGUGUGAAAUUUUGUAAACGCACUGGAAAACUGACAUCACAAGAAAAUUCAACCUACUUUGGAACAUUACCCAAGCGCAUUCAUAUCUCCGCCAUCCAGCUUGUGAUGAAACAAGUGGCAUUGGUGCGAGCAAUGGUGCGCAACGUUUUAUUUCCCAACAACAUGACGGUGUCGCCUACGAUGUAUUUCAACGUCACUCAGCGCCAGCAACAGAAUCUCUCCGCCCCCGUUGAUUGCAUCUAUGUGACGCGCAGCGAGUGCACAGACGGCUGGUUCGCCGAUUUCGCAAUCGAAUACGGAAAGACAUAUCACGUUUAUCUGGCGAUCGUCGUUUGCUGCUUUGGCACCAUUGCGAAUAUGUUGAAUAUUGCGGUGUUGACGCGCAAGGACAUGGCGAGCGCACCUAUCAACCGCAUCUUGACCGGGAUAGCCGUCGCCGACAUGAUGAUCAUGGUCGAGUAUAUACCGUUUGGAUAUUACUAUUACGUAAUACUUCCUGGAAAAAUGAACUUUCCGUAUUGGGGCGCUGUCUACAUGCUGGCGCAUAUGCAUUUUGCGCAGAUUAUGCACACGACGUCCAUUUGCCUGACAUUGACACUCGCUAUAUGGAGAUAUUUAGCUAUUGGCUAUCCGAAUCAAAGCCACAUCUUGUGCUCAGAGGGACGCUGCACCUUGGGAAUCGUGUUAAGUUAUUUCCUCCCUGUGUUGCUUUGUUUCCCCACGUACUUCGCGUUCGAGAUACAAUCGACCACGGUCACCGAGGAAAACGAGAACUUCAUCCUCCAUCACGUCGGCCUCAGCGAAUUAGCCAACAAACACAAUUAUUUCGUGAUCAACUUCUGGCUCUAUGCGGUGGUCAUAAAACUCCUACCAUGUUGUAUACUAACCGUCAUCAGCUGGUGGUUAAUCAAAACACUCUUCGUCGCAAAGAAACGCAAGCAGGUUUUGCGAGGUUACAAUGCGUGCAUGAUGACUGAUGCUCCCACAACGGGUGGUCUCACUGGGGGAGCACCACCACGUGCAACAAAGGCAGAAAGACGUGCGGAUCGUACAACGAAAAUGCUCGUGGCCGUCGUCCUACUGUUUUUGCUCACCGAGUUUCCGCAGGGAAUAUUUGGCUUACUAAUAGGUCUGAAAGGAAAUUGCUUCUUCAAUAAUUGUUAUCACAAGUUUGGAGAGAUAAUGGAUCUGCUCGCGUUGCUCAAUGGAAGCAUCAAUUUUAUACUUUACUGUUGGAUGAAUCGAAUGUUUCGCAUUACCUUUGGGCAAUUAUUCAAGUCGAAGGUGUUGGCCAAAUGGGUCCCGCCGGCAAACUCCGAAAUUUACACGACGUCUGAUAACACCGGAACUUCAAAACUAUAAAUCUAACUUAAUACUACUUAAUAUAUAAUCUAUAGAUGGUAAUGAAUGCGUCAAAUUUUUAUAUGAAAAGUAAGAAAAACAACGAUAGUUUCAAUAUAUUACUGUUGAUAUAUGAUUUCAAUACAAACUAACAUAUUUAUUUUGCAUUUUGCGAUUGCUGGUAUACUUCGUAAUACACGAUUAAUACGUUACCAAAUUUGUCAUGCAUUACGGGAUAGAAAUAGUAAGAUCAUUGGAGUUUGUUCCUAUCCUUCAAAAACAAUUUCCAAAAAUAAAAUAAAAAACAUAAAACUAGCUUUUGCCCGCGACUUCGUCCCGAUAGUGUUUAAUAAAAAUGUAAUUCGUUUUUACCCUCUUGUUUUAGACAUAGUAUGUGUCAAUUCUAUAAAUAAGAUUUUAUUUUAAAGAAAUUAAUUAUAUAAAGAAUUGCUAAUAAUGCACUUCAGAGCGCCACCUCGGAUUCAACUAUUUAACUAUAACUAUGACUGAAUCUCAAUACCAAUUUUUAUUUUGUAGAAAAGGGCUGUUUUUAAGGUUUUCCCGACAAUUAUCUGAAUUUUCCUCGCCAUAAAAACUAUCCUUGGACUUUAACGAACAUUUUAAAAAAGAGUUGGCCAAAUUGGUCUAGGCGUUGUUGAGUUAUGCGCUUACCAACAAAUUUUGCGAUUCAUUUUUAUAUUAUAGAAGAUAUAAAAUGCAAAGUUUCAUUUUUAGGGAAGUGUCAUGCUUAUUUUACUGCUAUUUUGAGUAAAAACAUAAAUAAAAUGAACGGAAGUUGUAGUACCUUAUAGAUGCCACCGCGUUUUGCGAUUCAAGUCAAUAUUUUUAUUUUAUAGUUGUUUUGUUAAACUAUGUGUAACCAUAUUUACGUACGUUCAACCAACGUGGUUUACGCUAUCCUUAAAAACCUAUUGACAAAACUUUUACAACUCCAUUAAAUGCUUCUUUAAACUUUCCUAAACCAUAUACAAAUAACCAAAGUUGUCAAACAUUGUCAAAAAUCGUCUAUAACGUGGUAUGCCAGUUAACCAAAAAGAACGAAUUUUUAAGCUAGUAAGUAAAAUUCAAUGGUGUCUGCACGAAACCCCAACAUCGAAAAAUAUAUUCCAUGUGAUACGUCAUAUCUUGUCUAGUCAUUAAAUACUAAUCAACUAAUCCAUUGAAUGCCCACAGUUAUUAUCCGUGCUCCCUUUGCAUGCUUACAUGUCAUUUGGUUUGGUAAGUUGUUUUUUAUUCAAAUUUUAUACCAAUUUAAAAAAACCAAAAAGGAAGCAGAAAAUAUUGACCAAACGAAAUGUUUAUAUAACUCAAUAGAAUAAAUUAUUUAAAACGUAGGUAGAUGAUAUCGGAUCAAUAAUCGUGCGCAGCAUGAUUAAUUAAAUGUCAUCCUCUCAAUUUAUUCUCUACCAAGUAUUAUGUGGUGAGUGUUAGUGCCAGUGCCACCGAUGAAACACUCACAGAGGACAUUUUGUUUGACCGUCUGGUCGCCAAGCAAUGUAUUAUACCGUGUAUCCACAAGCUCACUAACUUUGUGUACAACACUGCUGUAAUGUGAAUUGUAAUUAAAAUGAACAAAGGACAA